AUGUCAUCCAUGGAAAAAGUUUUCGCCGGCUAUGCCGACCGACUGGCCAAACUCGAAGCCAGUGACAACCCCUUCGCCCAGGGCAUUGCCUGGGUCGAGGGUGAGUACGUGCCGCUAUUUGAGGCGCGCAUUCCCCUCGUCGACCAGGGCUUUAUGCACAGCGAUUUAACAUACGAUGUACCCGCCGUCUGGGAUGGCAGAUUCUUCCGUCUGGACGACCACCUCGAACGCCUGGAAGCCAGCUGUGGGAAGCUCCGUCUGCGCAUGCCUCUACCCCGCCAGCAGGUCAAGGACAUGCUCGUGGAAAUGUUGGCCAAGAGCGGCAUUCGCGAUGCCUUUGUCGAAAUCAUCGUCACCCGUGGGAAAGUCGCCGUGCGGGAGGGUAAUCCCGACACCAUGGUUAAUAGCUUGUAUCUCAUCGUGCAGCCCUACGUCUGGGUCAUGGAUCCAGAGAUCCAGAGGGGGGGCGGAAGUGCCAUCAUUGCACGCACUGUGCGCCGUGUGCCCCCCGGCGCCAUUGAUCCCACUGUCAAGAACCUGCAGUGGGGGGAUCUCGUCCGCGGCAUGUUCGAGGCCCGCGAUCGUGGUUCCACUUAUCCGUUCCUCACGGACGGAGACACCAAUUUGACCGAGGGAUCCGGGUUCAAUAUACUCUUCGUCAAGGAUGGUGUCAUCUACACCCCCAAGCGUGGCGUUCUCGAGGGCGUCACCCGCAGGAGCGUCUUCGACGUCGCCCGCAGCAAUCGUAUCGAGGUGCACGUGGAAACCGUCCCCGUCGAAUUGGCCUACGCGAGCGAUGAGAUCUUCAUGAGUACGACAGCGGGCGGCAUCAUGCCCAUCACCGAGCUGGAUGGGAAGCCCGUGGGUAACGGCAAGGUUGGCCCGGUUACAAGUAAGAUCUGGGAUGGAUAUUGGGAUAUGCACUAUAAUCCGACUUAUAGCUUUGAGGUCAAGUAUUAG